GAGAAAAGAGAAGACAGGAGUGAAGAAGAACACAUGGCCUAGGGAGAGAAGGUAAAUAUCACAAGCUUUAGAAAUGGGGAACGAAAAUAUUCCUGAGUGUCCCUGUCUGACAGCUAGGAGGGUCAGUGCGUGCUGCCCCCAUGCUGGGGUGCUGGGAAGAACGAAUUGGGCUCCUUGGUUGGGAGGUGCUUUCUGUCAGUUUGUUAGGCUUUGUAAUGCUCUUUGGAGACACUGGUGGACGUAAGGGGAGGACACAAGUACCUGCAAAGUCCAAUCCCUGAAUGUUUUCAGGAAAGAAGGUCGGCUUUUUCCAGAUGUGGUACCUUAUCUUCUUCUGUCACCCUGUCUGGGCUAAUGCAGCCUCCAUGUAUGGUGAGAUCUUGUCACCCAAUUAUCCUCAGGCAUACCCAAAUGAUCUGCAGGAAUCUUGGGAAAUCCAGGUCCCUCCAGGAUAUGGCAUUCGCCUUUACUUCACGCAUUUAGAUCUUGAACCUUCGCAGAACUGCGAAUAUGACUCUGUGAAGAUCCUCUCUGGUGGCCGUGUUGAACGUUUGCUCUGUGGGAGUAAGAAAACUCAUGCCCCUGGCUCCCCGAUUGUGGAGGAAUUUUAUAUGCCUUAUAACACCCUGACUAUGACCUUCCAAUCAGACUUUUCCAAUGAGGAGCGUUUCACUGGUUUUGCAGCCUACUAUGUUGCAGUGGACUUGGAUGAGUGCACAGAUUUUGUGGAUGAACUUUGCAGUCAUUACUGUAAUAAUUAUAUUGGAGGUUAUUUCUGUACCUGCCCACCAGAUUAUUUCCUCUAUGAAGAUAAGAAAACAUGUGGAGUGAACUGCAGUGGCAAUGUCUUCACUGAGCCAUCAGGGGAGAUUGCUAGUCCAAACUAUCCCAAUCAAUACCCAGAGAACUCACAGUGCAAGUACCAAGUGGUUCUGAAGUCAGGCUACUUUGUGGCGUUGACCAUACACAGUGACGACUUUGACGUGGAACCAGCCGACUCAACAGGGAAUUGCCGUGACAGUUUAACACUUGUCUCUGGAAAGCGGCGUUAUGGUCCCUAUUGUGGCAGCAAAUUCCCAGGUCCUCCUGAAAUCAAAACUAGGAGCAACAUUCUUGACAUAAUUUUUCAGACAAACCAUAUGGUACAGCGCAAAGGCUGGAAAAUACGCUACUAUGCUGAACCCAUAACCUGUCUCCCGAGUGUCACUCCCAAUUCUGUUCUUGACCCAAAGAAGGACAGGUAUAUCUUCACGGACAGUGUGAAGGUGACAUGUGUGGAAGGGUAUGAAAUUGUGAGGCAAUAUGACAGCAUCAGGACUUUUCACUCCAUAUGUCAGAACAAUGGUGAAUGGAGCAACUCUGAUUUCAGCUGUGUUCCUGUGAACUGUGGUGAUCCCAGUCCUAUUGACAAUGGUAACUAUGUCUACAUCUCUGAACUUCAUGAGCCUCUGUACCAAGCUACUGUCCAGUAUUUCUGCAAAGCACCUUACUAUACCUUACAAAACAAAGAGGAAGCGGUUUAUCAAUGCUCAGCCAGUGGACAAUGGAUCAGUGAAGAAAUGGGAACAGAGCUACCAACAUGUGUUGCAGUCUGUGGCAUACCUAGUAAUCCUAUCCGAGAGACGGGAAAGAUUUUUGGAGGCACUCUUGCAGCAAAAGGCAACUUUCCAUGGCAGGUGUUUUUUCAUAGUCCAAGAGGAGCUGGUGUGCUCAUCUCUGAAAGAUGGGUAAUGACUGCAGCUCAUGUGCUGGAUGGAUAUGAUUUGCCUACAAUGUAUGCUGGGACAAUCAAUAUUGGUGAAACAGCUUUGCGCAAUGGCAAGCAGCUGGUUCCAGAGGCAUCAUUCAUCCAUCCAGGCUGGAAGAGGCUGCCUACAAACACCCACAGAACUGAUUUUGAUAAUGAUAUUGCACUACUGAAGCUGAAGGAACCUGUGGAGAUGGGUCCAAACAUCUCACCCCUCUGUCUUCCUGGUAAAUCACCUGAAUAUGAACUACAAAUAGGGACUCUAGGCUAUAUUGCUGGCUGGGGGAAGAGAGAGAAAGGAAGACUGCCCAACUAUCUUUGGAAGGCCCAGAUUCCUGUGGUGGACAUGGACAAGUGUCGUUCUGUGAAACCAGAGGGCUCUGCUGAUUCCAGUGCAUACCGGUUCACCGACAAUAUGAUCUGUGCUGGUGGUGGCAAGGACAGCUGUAACGGGGAUAGUGGUGGAGCUUAUUCUGUCCAAGAUCCUUUUAAUAGCAGCCAGUCCUAUGUGGCUGGGUUGGUCUCCUGGGGACCAAGAUGUGGUACCUUUGGUCUCUACACCAAGGUAGUGCGCUAUGUGGACUGGAUUACAGAGACCAUGAAUAAGCAUGACACAAAGAAGCCCAGCAUAAUUAGCUGAUUAGCUCUUUCUCCCUUUAGCACAGUCACUCUUCCUAAAUGUGAUGGUUACAUAUUCUGGUAGUAAUAAUAAUAAUAAGACUGGCUAUGGUUCUGUUCACUUUUCAUGUAUAACAGGGUAACUCACUGUGUCUGUGCAGAGUGAGUCAAUAGUCAGGAAUAUGUAUUGUUUUUUUCCCUCUGUCACUGUGACUGGUAAAGGAAUUUCACUUUCUCCUUCCACGCAUUACUAUGAGGAAGCAUAAGAGGAAGAUGCUGUUCUGUAUAAGGAGGCUCCUUCUGCUUCCUCUCAGUUUUUCUGUUUCAUUUUUCCCACUUGAUGAAGACCUACCCAUGCCCUACCUGACAGGGAGAUCACAACGAAGAGGAGAGAGAAUAAUUAUUAGUCUCAGGAUAGGUUCAAAGCCUAGUUUCUGAUUUCCGUAUUUCCUGUAUUGCUCAGAAUAUCUAAUGGUAUUAAAGAAUGUCCAAACUUGC